GGGUCCCAAAUUCCAACUGUGGUCUACUUUUGUCUCUACGUGGAGGAGGCAGGACUGCUGCGAACUGGACGCUGUCUGGAAUUUCAGGCGCACCGACAGUGAGUACCAAUUUCCUGGCAACUUCUAGACCCAACAACUAUUUACAGCUAAGCUUUGUCUCCGAAGCGUUUUUUACUCAAAUAACAUCCUUGUCGUAGUCUUUCCUUUCUCUCUGAUAGCCGUUAUCCUCUGUUUGGAGUGGAGAUGGACUCGCGGGAGUAAACAGGGAGAGAGCUCCCUGACCAGAAAACUUGCAUGUCUGUCACUAGCCGGUUAGCGUUAGCUACACCUUCACUGUAGCCUUUUCAUCACAGCUAAGGAUGGGUGAGAGGCACAUUCAGACACUUAAAACAGUCUCCGAGUACUUUAAAUUUGGACAGAAUGUCAAAAACAAAAAUGUGGUAGCGUGAAAUUCAGCAUGGUUGCACAAUGAAGUGUUUGUCGUGGGAAAAAAGCAGGACAAGUGUAUUGUGUCUUCGUGGUUUUGGAAAUUAAAACUUGUAUUCGUAGACAUGACAAAUGUCCAAGUGCGGAGUAAGUGAGACACAGGCAGGUUUGUUCUUUUGAUACACCCCCUCACACACCGGGGAUGCCACAUAGCAGCUAAAGUCUGCACUAAUUUCUAAAUGUUCCCGGUAAACAAACUGGUGCAAAAUUAAGACAAAUAGACACAAUUACACAAACAAGGUUUUUACUCCACCUGAAGCCUAAGAGGUCACUUUCUGUGGGUUGUAAAUACCUUUAAUAAUUAAUGGCAUGUUGACAAAUGGCGUGUUUUUUUUUCGACACUUUACACAAUUUGAGUCCUUUUUCUUAAAAUAAAUAUUUAACCUUGAGUGAAAUAGACUGACCCCACCCUCUCCUUCAUGCGUUUCUUUGAAAUUGUAUUGCAUAUUUGCUAAGGUGGACCUCACUCUGUCAGUGUUGUUUCACUAAAGUCUGACAGCGUGACUUUGACAGUCUGUGUUCUUGUUUGUUAUUUCUGUGGUAAAUAGGUGUGAUGUUUUGUUGGUGAAGGUAUUUUACCGUGAAAUGGGACAGGCUGGUUAGACAGUCUGUGUUUUGGCACUCGUGUAAAACAGUGGUCUAUGUGAACUUGUUUGCUGCUCUGAGUGAUUUAACAGACUUUUCCUGUAGAGACAUCUGGGGCGGCAGCACAUGUACAUCUGGCAUCCCGCUUGUGGAUAAUUUUAGGGACAUUGUUGAGUGAGGCAGUCUGAUAGUUUUGGAUUGACCUAUAUUUUAACUAGCUGAAAAUAAAAUAAGAACUGUGCAAGAUAAAUAUUUCCUCUUAUUUGUGCUUCAUUUAGGUCUUGUUUCUCUCUUUUGAAUGAGACUGUGCAGACAACUGCUGCGGACAGAAAGUUUGAAAUCAGUCACUGACGUCAUGGCUGUGGGGACAAAGCAUUGUUCAUGUGUCAGAUGUGAAAAAUGUGCUUUUGCUGUCAUUUAUUUUAACAGCACCUGCCAUUACCUUACAUGGCGUGGUCAAAAUGCCCUAUGAGUGUGCAUGUGUGGUAUGUGUGUACUGUACUUCACAAUGGCAGAAGUCAAGUCCUCUUAUUCAUGAUGCAGAACCACGCAUGAACACCGAUUGUUUUAAAUACAGACAUUAGCGCCUGAUGUUAUUGGUGUAAAGACAAACCAGACAGUCAGGAAGGGGGAGGGUGUGUGCUUGUAUUUUGUUGCUGCACUUACAGGUGCUCACACCUGUGAAAAUGAACAGGUUGUCCCACUUUCUGUGCUGUCAAGAUUUUAAACAGGUAUCUUCACAUGUUUAGGGAAGUGAAAGUGACCAAGUUACUGGCUAGAACCACUUUAUGUACUUUUUUUAGCACUUCAGCUUUGUGAUUUUGAAGCUUUUACACAUGCUGUCUGUAAUUAGACUGACUUUAUCUAAGACUCACCAUUCCUCUGAAAUAGGCUUGGUUUUUAUCAAUUUAAUCUGCAUAACAAAGACAGUAGGAGUAAACCAUGUUGUUUGAUGUUGAUUUGUCUGAACUAGCCAAAUCCUGUGACUAAAAGAUUAGUCAUAGAAAAUGUGGGGCUACUAGAUGAGACAUGAGCAACGAGAUCAAAACAUUUUCAAAAUAAACUCUCUUCAAUCAUUCACAGAGGACUGAAUGUAAAAGCAGUGCCUGAAAUCUUUCCCAAUAUUUCGUCAUUUACAACAAUGGUUACAAAACCACAAAGACAUUAUUUUUGUGUUUGUGUGUCUGGAGUUUGGGGUCAGCUAAAUUAGAGCUGGCCUGAGGUAAAUAGGGACAGUUUGCUGCUAUAACUCAGAUUAUGUUAGUGUGCGCGAAGGUUGGGAUGACACAUUUGUGCUGUGUGAGUCUUCUGUAUUUAAAGGAUAAUGCUUUACAGGGCUUUUGUUGAGUAAUGGCCGUCCAUUAUAGGUGUGGCUGCACCCAACUGAUUCAGCAGCGCCUCAGUAACCUGUUGAAUGACAUUCCUGCAUGAUGGUUUGUUGGGAUUCUUGCACUUAAACAUAGAAACGCUUUAACUUCUGCUGUGGUUUUGCAGUUUGUUCGGUUGUCUUUUGGUGAAAAUAUUGUACUACAGAAAGAAAGGUAAAGGACGAAGGGACAAGGGACCAUUUAAUUUGAAUAUUUCCAUGAUGAUUCACUGUUUGCCCAGCUUCAUGAGCUUUUAUUACGCCCCUCAACCCAGCCCAGGGCGGGAUACUCACAGUUGUAUAUGAUGUAAGAGGUGUGUAAGCUCUGUGUGCAGUAUUUGUUGUCAUCACCUUCUCUUUACCUGUUCGCAUGUCCAUGCUUAUCUUAUCUACACAAGGUAAAGAGGAAAUGAAGCAACAGUGUUACAGACUGCUGGGUGUAAAUGGGAAUCAGUUCGCCUCACAUCUGCAGGCGAUUGGGACUGAGUCAAAGUGCCCACGUUCCUCUCACAGACGUUGUUGGGUGUGUUCAUAUGAACUUGACCACACUUGGGAAGGGUGCCCAAUCUAUUUGUGUGCCUCACAUUUCCCAUGUAACUGUGUGGAUGAAACACUGGCGGGUGGGGUGUGUCAGCAACACACUUUUAAGUGAGCCAUCUGGGAGCAGCUCUCUUCUUAAGAAAUCAACUAAAAGCUCCAUCAAAAGUGAUUGUAAACAAUGUAAAUGAGCUGUUUUUGGAUCAGCAACUAAAAUAAGUGCUUGAAAAGAAUUGUUACGGAUGAUAUCCCUGUAUAAAUGAACGGACACGAACCGUAAAGGAGUCUCGGAUAAGUGGUAAACGACUUCAAGGAUACAAAACUGGUCCUGUUGCUCUUGUUUUGCUACUACUAGAUCAUGUGACCUGAGAAACUGACAGAUAUGUGUGGAGGCCUUUGUUGUUUAUUUUCAUUUCAUUAAGCUGCACUUCCUAAUUUCUGGAACUCAAGUGAUGUGAGAUUAUUGAGAGUGACAAAAGUUUUAGUAGAGACCAGCUCAUGUGUCACUGGUAUUUGGCAGAUGAUGUUAUAGUCAUCUUUUGAGUUGGAAUGAAAGUAGGCCUUUUCCUACUUACAAAAAAGUGCACCAAUAUGAUGAUUAAAAGUUACCCAGACAGGUAUUUUCUUUAACAAAUAACUUGAUCAAACAAUAUCGAAUAUUAUUAGUUAUUGUCAACCAUUCCUACAUGUCUACAGUUGCUGUAGACAGAGUAUUUAAAACUGUGGAGUCAAAGAGACAAACAGCAUGAUAAACUAGGCUGUCCAGUGUAAACAGUUACUACAGUAACUUUUAUUUUGAUUAUAUAGGUAUUGUGAUGUGAGAAGAACUUAAUAAUCCGAACUGGAUACAGCAAACAGUGGGUUGGUUAUGAACAUAGCAGACCUUUGCGAUAUGGACCAAACAUGUAAUGCGCACUUAUUUAAUGUAGGCCUAUUGCAUCAACAAAAUGUAAAAAGUGUAAAAAAUCAGCUAACAUCGAAGAGUUCAACCAUAGCUCACCGUUUUUCUACUGCUAUCUGUUUGCAAUAUGAUUCUUCUGAGUCAAAAAUAAUUCAAAAAUCAUUUAUUGGCAACUCAAGUAGCACCAGUUAAUUUAAAGUUAUCUGAUGUAUUCCCUGUCCAUUUUUCUAUUCUUAUACUGUUUUUAAUACCAGGACUUCAUUGUCAAACGAUACUAAUACAUUUUCAAACAAAACUAAGUGUUUGACAAACACUGAUUGCUUGCAUUCUACUCGCUUUAACCAACAAUACACUCUCUGCAUCACCACAUUGUUGUUUGUUUGUAUAAUGCACUGUUGGGGGGACCGUUGACUUUGGACACUCCUCAUGCAUUUCCUCCCAUUGUGGAACUGAUUGCAAAAUACCACCUAAAUGGGUGCUGACAUAAUGCCUAGGUUGAGCUGAGGUCUAAAGUGGCACCCCUCCCUCUGAACAAAAUAUGCACUAAUCAAUACCAGUAGUUGUUGAUUUCAUAACUUUCCAGAUUAUACAAGAAUAAAUUAUACUUGAAUCAAUCACAGAUCCAGCAUUACAACAUGGACACCAUUAAUGUUAGGUGAUUAUGGGCCUGUUUUAAUAUUUGUUGGCAUUAGAGAGAGACUGAGACAGACCACAUUUUGAAAUAAUCUGUAUCAGUCUAACAGUUCUAACAGUGUUGCAUUCAGAGAUUUAUUCAUAGAUAGUUUCUGAACAGAAACAUGCAAUGGGGGUGAGUUUUUGUUGUUGUAUGCUUAGAUUGGGCAUCUGGCUUGUAACCGAGUCCAUCAACAAAUACAAACAUUAAAAAAUGUGCUUUGAGAUCGCUUCAGGAAGGUGGAGGAAAUGUUUGUUUUGAUAUAACUCUCAUGCUCCCAGCUAUAAAUGUUUGCCCAAAUAAAAAGAUAAAUCACUUUUCUGUCAGUUAUUGGCUAUUGUUGAAUAUAAAAUAUUUACGAUGGAUGUAAAAACUGAUACAGUUAUUGCCUCCUGACGUAGAUAUCAGUCAUGCUCUAAAAUCACAACCCAUUAUUUAUCUUAAAGUAGUUUAAAAUUCAUCUGAAACAUGUAAAUGGUUAAGAAAACUAUGUUUAUUAGUCUGAAAUGUGCUUUGUUCUUUAUCUGCUGUCAUUGAAUUGAAUUGUAUUUUAUCAAAUAGAAAAAGAACAACAAGAUAUUGGCAUUAUGUACCUUCCAUCUGCCAAACUGCUCUCUAACUCUGACUUAAAUUUUACCAGCUGUAGUUACACGCUUUUAGGCAAACAGGAGUCCCUCCAUUAGCGGGCUUGCUGCUGCGUUCCAAGUGUAGGAACUGUUUCUUCUCUCGAACGCAGCACACGGUACAGCUGUCAAAGACUGCAACUGUCUUUGGAGCCUGACACUCUGAACUCAUUUUCUACUGUUACACAAGAUUUAUUGCGGCGGUUGGUUACGCCAGUAACAAACCCUCUAUUCUUUUGUACCCUGGCGAUGCGGCUCACAUUUGUCCUCUGCCAUCUGUGCCCUUGCUCCAUGUACUUAACCUCGCUUCUGUUCCCACUCCCCCACCCCUGUCAAGGGUGUGACGAGGACUGGCAGGGGACGUGAUGUUUGUCGGCCCUUAUUUCAGCCAGGCUGACUUCAGCAGCCGCAUUUCACAUCCUUUUGGAGAGAAGUUAUAUUUAGCAACAGUGGCAAUGCCGUUUUCCUAAUGGUUUAGUCAGGGGUUUGUGUUUGCCCUCAUUUAAAGUUUCUCAACACGAAGACGAAAAACACUGCUCUAUUUAGAGUCUUGGAGAGGCGUUUAAACACAUUAAUCAGAUUAAUAUUAUUCAUUCAGCUUUGACAAAUGUUUUUACAACAUUUAUCAUUACUUUAUUUAAAUAAAUGUAUGAUUUUUGUACAAUCAAGUGCUUUCAUUUCAUGACUUAGUUGUGUUUGUAAGUGUGGUAUCGCAGGAAGUGAGUCAUAUUUCAGAGAGCACAUGGCGGCUGUUGAAUCAUCUGUCAUGAAAACUAUUCAUAGUCUCAUUCAUGAAAGAGGAUGCACGGAUAUUUGUUCAGUGUCGUCUGCCUGAGAGCCUGUUGGGAAACUGUGUGUAAUUAACAGUUUGUAAGCAUUGUUGCUAAUAGUCAGAUGGAUUAUGAUUCAAACAACUAGGUAUCUGACAAAAAUGGUUUGUGGAAACGAGGAAUGGCCCUGCCUGGGAUUUCUGACUAAUACUGGGUGAAAAAAAUCUGUGCUAGAAAUCAGGAAAUGGGAGCACUUUUCUGUCUGGAAAAUUCAGUGAUCCUUAGCUACCCACAGCAUAAACCUCAUCUUUGUUUUCUGAACACUUGUGUUGGAGAGGAAUGCCAUCAUACCAGUUUAGCCUUGGAGAGAGGCAGUAUACCCUGCCCCUUUCUCUCUGUGUGAGUGAAGCUCGAUCUGCCCAGGCCUCAAGCAUUACUCUGCCACACAGAACGGGGAAAAGCUACUACAAGGAAUUCCUUACGUUCAGUCAUUUUCAGCUUGUUGCUGCCCCUUUUUUUGGAUGGCUAAAUGCGUGUGGGUUUAGCCAGGUCUUUUGACUUGAGUCUCUGAAUGAGUGAGAACACUUUUCUGACAAAUUGGACAAAAAAAUAGACCAAACUAUGUUAGGAUGACCCAGAAACAGAGGCAGACAGACAUGAUAUAAAUUGUUUUUAAAGGUAUUUUUCAGUGAGUGGGUGUUUGUUGUUCCAGUUUCCUAAUCUGUUAGAAGCAUUUGUAGGAAUUCCUCAAACCCCUAACUCCUGAAGUUAUCUCAGCUUCUCUCGUGUUUUUUAACAGUAUGGGGUUGGUGCUACACAAUGGAACUAACAGGAAAUUACUUUGAUAAUAGGGGAGAGUAGGCUUGGGGGAGGAAGGCAGCUCAAGAGAGAAGCUAAAGAUAUGAUCACCAGGGGUGGAGAUCAGCAGGGAUCAGGCAGCUGUGAGGUCCUUUUUCAAGACUUUUUAGAUCGAUUAGAAAACUAACUCUGGUUCUAGCUUGAGAGGUCACCUUUCUGUAAAAGUGGAGGCAGAAACCUGGAGAGUGUUUUGUGAUCUGAGAAGCAGAACAGCGGUCAGUGAGAUGAUUAACUUCAAGGUUGGGAGCAUGGAGAUCAGGCAGGUUGUUUUUGACAGGUUUGCUGCAGCCUGGAGAAGUUUCCAUGGUGACGGGAGGUUUAACAGAGGCUGAUGAAGAGAUCUGUGAUGAUAAGUCAAUAUUUAGAUCUGUUGAUCAAAAGAAAACUGAUCCCAGUUCUGCACUCCUCCAAGCAGAAAUGUCAACAUUUUCAACGAAAGGCUCUUGUGCUUCUGGAUUUGUGGUUGUUAAUAAAGAGCCUUCGGUUUUGUCACUGUCGGUGUGUGAGGCAGAAAAAUUGAAAGACACAAUUUCAAGCCAGUGUAAAUUGAAAUGAGCAUUUUUCACCACAUUUAAGGUUUUUUUUGACUGAACAUUUCAAUGAGAAUAUUAUCAUCAGAUAAUGUGAGAAAAGAAAUGACCCUUCAGUCCUGCUGAUCGUUUUAAAAUCCUCUAUAAUCUACGUCAUUGACUUUGUAUUCUUUUUCCCUUUUGCAGUCUCACAUUUCUCUGACUGACCAGCUGGGGUCAUACACAGAAAAUGUCUGGAAAGAUAACAAACGAGGAGCGGGAGGAGAUGGAGACAAUGUUCAGUAAAAUUGGUAAGUCAGAUCCACACCACAAUGAUCUUGUUUUAACUAGUUUUACUUCUCUACCUUGUGUCUAAUAUUUCUCAUGUGUGUUUGUAGAUAUGGACGGGGAUGGAUUUAUCUGUGAACAUGAACUUAAUGAUCUCCUCAAAGACAUGGGUUACCCUCUUCCGGGAUACGUGGUCCGAGACAUCAUCCAGAAACUCGAUCAAAACCAAGACAAAAAGAUCAGUCGGGAGGAGUUUGAAUCGGUAUGUUAAGCAGAGAAACUUCUCUUUGUUUUCUGUUCUGGCAAACAGCACCUGGGUCCUCGACACUACCAACCUUUAGCAGCUUCAUGCACAACAGGGCGGGAAGGCCUCCUAAAACCACACACAUACAUAUUCAGGAAAUGUGGAAGUGAGGCCAGCAAAGUGGUGUGAGCUCGAGUAUUUAGUUUCAGCAGGAGAAGAGGGAGCAGCCAUUCACAGAGGCAGCUUCUGGUCCUGGAGUGGGAGGGUCAACCUGAUAUACUGCAGUUCAGGCUGCAGAGCGAGUCAUUUACCAUCGUCGGUAGCCCUGGCUGUAGUGGUGACCGAGUGACACAGGCUGAAAAGGGGAAACUUAAAACUACAUGAGGUUUGAAUAAGUUUCACUCUACUGUGAACAUGUUUCAAUCUUAAACAUUCUUCAUUUACAAAUCAAUCUUCAAAGUUACCAAGUUUCAGUUACCAAACAGAUUGAAAUAGCCAGUGUUGCAUCUUUAUGACCUAUAAGUGAACAAGACCAGAGUAAUAUGUAACGCCUGUCUCUUCUGAGGGGCAGUGUGACCAAUAAGGCCACCCACAGCAUACCAAAGAAACAGCCUUUUUACUUUUUCCACAUCAAAUAUUUACAGUCAGUGACAGGUUCAACUGUUAAAAGAUUGUACUUUUAUUUCAGAAAGCAUUAAAUGCACAGAUGUACCUCUUGGCCUACAGGGGGCGCUAAAAUUAAGACUAGCAAAGUCCCUCUCAGCAGCUUUAAAUGAAAAUAGAAGCAGAGGUGGCACAAGGGACGAAGGUGACAGUGCUCCAGUUGUGUGUUUACUAGCUGUCCUUCUCGGACUCCUGCAACCACGUAAUGUGAUGUGAAACCACACACCGUGACAUCCAGUAUUAGACUGUUUGGAGAUGCAAUUUCCAAGAAGAAAGGUGUAGGUGUGGUGGAAUUUUGUUUUAGCUCCAUAUUUGAAUUUUUUGUGCAUAAGAGGCUACUGUGUCAGAUUCUUAUGAUACAGUGUUUAAUCUAGCUCAGUCAAAUGCACUUUGUUUAAUAUUGAUAAGUAUAGGGAGAAGGAGAAGGUUUGUCGUCUACACAAGUGUGCUCAGCACAGGGUGAGCAAAGAGAGGAGGCAUACUACUUUGUCCACUUUUUGCUUUUAAUAUGAUUUGCAUUUCAAAUAAAUGCAAGGGACUUAUGCCCUAAUGAAAGGAUAAGCACUUAGUAAGGAAAACAUCCCAUUUUACCCUUACUACAACAAUUUAUACUCUAUGGAUAUAUAUUAUACACAUAAUCUACCAGAUGACCCCUGCAACCAGCUGAUCUAUCAGCCUGACAGAAUAUCACCCAAGUUUUCUCUCUCUGAACACAAUAGGCACAAUAGUUUUCCCGAUUUCUGUGGUGAUGGCUGCUCAUCAGAAGUAGCUCUUAUCAGAAAUGCAAAAAUGUUACACCACCAAAGCACUAAGGAGUUCUUAUUUCCUAAUGUAGGAAUUAACUAACCUCUCUAGUCUUUCCUCCUUUGAUAGUGGUACUCCAUAAACUGAUAGUGGCAACACCAGCUGAGUAAAUAGUCAAAACGCGAAUUUACCUGAUUAGCCUGGACUUCCCUUUCCUUUGCUAUCCCUUCGAUAUCUUUUCUGUUCACUGUCUUUCAAUUCUCCGUACCACUGUUAUACCGUCCACCUAAACCAUUCACUGGCUUUUCUUGCAUUAAAAGGAUUUCCUCUCCAUCGACAUAAAACUUUCUUUCUAUCAAAUUCCCUCUACUCUCAAAUCAGAGGGAAAAUGGCCGGCCUUUCCAUCUCUCCCAUCUAGCACUGUGAAUGCUCCUAGUGAAAUAGUACAUCCUGUCAUAAUACAUACUUUUAGUCCCUGCCAAUUUGUUGUCACACCUAUCUUACUUUUAAACAUCUAAGUAGCUGUUAGGAAUCCAUUCAUCGGGUGUACAAUGACCCCUGGCACCCUAAGAAAGUGAAAAAAGCACUCGAGCUAAACCAAACACAUUUGCUAGGUCUAAAAAUACUGCAUGCAAAUCUCUGUCUUUAUCUGAGCAGUCUCCCUGCAAACACUGGAAUUUCUGCCUGCUAUGCCGCUUUACUAAAAGAUAUAAAGGUCACAGGUUAUUUCUUAAAAAAAAAAUUGUAUCAGUAAAGUAAAGGUUUUUGUUAAAUUUUUUACAUGCCAGCAGUUCAGCCAUUAUACAUUGGCACACCUUGUAGAGGAUACUAUUUAAGCAGUCAAAGUGUGAUUCCAGCGAAGGUCACUCCACAUUGGUAUAAUUUUUUGAGGUAUUAACUUCACUCAUGAUGUGAAAAUAGCCGCUGUUUUGCAGUGGGGAAAAGCAUUAGGUACUUUCCAUUUAGCUGCUAGACAGCAGUGGCUGUAGUGUUUGAGAAGCAUUCCUCCAAUUGGCUUGGAGAAAAUUUUGCUCUGCAGGACUUAUUCUAAAAAUCCAGAUUAAGCGUGUGGGAGUAAAGAUGAUAUCCUGCUUGGGGGCCUGUAGAUGGGAACAUAGAGUUGAAACAAAUCUUUAAACAAACUUUUCGACCUUACAAUGUUACGAUAUUCUUGUUGUGGGUAUAUCUUUGACCUAGAGAAGCAAAAAGAAAAAGGAAAAAAAUGCCAGCUGGCACCAUGUGGCCUUGUGAGUGAGUGUUUGUGGUGAAGUAUGCUGUGCUGUUUUAAACAAGUCUCACAGCACCAGGCUGAAUGGCUCAUUGUGGUCACAGCAGCGCCUGUGGGGCUGAGGUCACUGAUGAAGUAGCGAUUACUCCAGGUCCAGGAAGUUUCACACUUAUUACCAUAGAAUACGUAUUGUCAUAGCUGUCUAGCCUGACACAGCUCACAUGUCAUACUUGACUGAUUAUUUAAAGCAGUGUGAGUUCAGAGCUCUCUAUGAUCGCAUCAGAUGAUCUGAUGUUCAGAGAUGAUUGUUCAAUAAUGGGAUGUGAGGACAAGCCUGAGGUUGAUGUUAUCGAGAAGAAGUUAACAGCUGCUGCCCUGGUGGUUUACUAAUACUGCCAAUAAACUCUGAUUAUAUACCGGCACUCCACUCUUGCUAUACCCCGAGUAGAUAUGUAUUGGAUACACACUCACUGCAGUUCACAGGAGCUUUUAUGACCAAUAAAAGCCAUCAGCUCUCUCUUAAACUGAUUUACCAGGCGUAGUGUUCAGCACGUUUUCUAAAACCUUUAGGAAGUUGAUGUUUUCAUGUCAGGGAAGAUAAAUUCCUGUAAUGCUGAUGUGUCUACAGACUGGCCUUGUCGGUACACUGAAGUGUGAUAACACAAGUGAAAUAAACAGUUCAAGGAAAAGACAUGAUUGAGGCUUUAAAAUGGAAGCGCAAAUACAUCUACAGAGUGUUUACUCUCUUAAUUCGUCCUUAGAUUCUUUGAAUAGAUAAAGAAUUCAAGAAAAAUGUCAAUGACAGAUUUUUGGAAGGCAAAAGAAUCAAAAUACUCACAUAACUAAAGUUCCACAUCAAGUGAGCAGAGUUGUGCUGUUUUAACAAAAUCUGUAAUUAAUCUGGUUCUGAUUUCUAAAUGGAUUUGUAGAUACAUUGAAUUGAUGGCUGCUUUAUUGGGUAGACCUAUACAGCACACUGGUCUAACUGUUCAGCUGGAAACUGGACUUUAAUUAAGUUUUUUUUUUUGUUUAGCUUUGUUUGCAAUGUCAUAAAUGUACUUAUUUAAAGAUAGACAAUCCACCGUCCUAAAGUAAAAGUGCCCACAUAGAUAUCCUUUUAGUAAGUUACAACUCAAAGAUAAUGUCUGUCCAGUGGAUAAACCAUUAGACAAUCCACCGUCCUAAAGUAAAAGUGCCCACAUAGAUCUAACCUGUUUGUCAAUGUUUGGCCACUAUUCAAAGUCUGUGUGUUAAUUUUAAUACUCAAAGUUCAUGUUCAAAUGAGCCCUGCACUGUGGGUGAUGCUUUUGGUCAUGGGAUGCCAAAAGAUAGAAAGUAAAAAAUACUUAAAAAGUUACAAAAAGUCCUCAAAAUACUGCUAGAGGCUGAUCUUAAUGAAUUAUGCCUCCCUGUGCAGCCCUGCCUGUUGUCAUGCAGCAGCUGUUCUGUUCACCUCCUAACAGAGUGUUACACAAAUUACUCAUAUCAAUUAUGUCAGUCAGUUUCAUCUUUAAAAAAACAGGUUAAAUUAAGGUAUUAGAUGAUUAAAUUAACUGUCCAAAUCAAUGAAUAUUCUCUGAAUUCUCUGCUGGGGGAACACUGUUUUCGAGAACUUGUGGUGAUAAGUCUAUUAUGUCUUGUUUCAGAUCAUCGACGACCUGAAGUGCAGGGAAAUAGCAAAAACUUUCCGCAAGGCCAUUAACAGAAAAGAAGGCAUCCUGGCUAUUGGAGGGACGUCUGCGCAGUCGAGUGAAGGCACACAGCACUCGUUCUCUGGUAAAGACACACAAUCAUCAGCUUUUCUCUCCAAAGUUCCAGUCACUUUUUAUUUUUGUGAACAACGUGACCUACAAAAUUUUUGAAAAGAAUAGCCUUUUGUGCGAUGCUGUCUUAAUUUACUGUCGCUAUUUUGCUUGUAUCUCACAUGGGGUUUAUUUUGAAUGUGUUUUGUUUUUGCCUGUUUGUUUGUUCCAGAGGAGGAGCGAUUCGCCUUCGUGAACUGGAUCAACUCUGCUCUGGAAAGGGACCCUGACUGCCAGCACGUCCUGCCCAUGGAUCCCAACGAUGACUCUCUCUUCACAUCUGUAAGAGAUGGUAUAGUCCUCUGGUAAGAGUUCCUGUCUUAAAAUCAGCAACUUAUCCACUCUUCUUGACUGAGCUGUGUUGUGAAAUACAGUAAAAGUCAAAUACCUGCAUCUCAUGGCACUUAGUGUUUUGAAUUCAAUCUGGCUGAAAAAGGAAAACAUGAGCCUUUAUUGGAGAUUUUGAAUUAACCUUUAAACAUAACUGCAGAGGGGAUGCUGCUAGAAAGCAACUUGUGCGUCCAGUUUUGUUAAGGCCAGUUGUAUACUGUUAACUUCCUGAAGCUAACUAAACAAUAAUUGUAAAAUUCAUGUGCCAUGAAUAUCAAGUCUUACUAGUGAUGAAAAAGAAACAAAAUGUGUCUUUUAAAGCACCUGUAAGGGAUUUUAAGCUUGUUAUGGAACACGCUUUGAUAUGUACUUAAUACCUCUCCAAACAGACAAUUUUUCCUUGCUCAGGAGUUCUGUUUUGUUAUUCCUGACGUCUGAAACAGUUGCAGCAGGGUAUGCAUCAUUUUCCAUUGUGAGAGAGCUGUGGUAAAGCAGUGCAGUGGUAUAUAUAAAUCUACGUCAUGUUGCCACAACAUGGUGGGAAAUCAAGUUGAGGUCUUUCUUUUUAACAUGUUUGACGGGCUUUAUAAAUAGUUGAAGGCAUGUUGAUGAUCUGAGAAGCAGUUGAAAAAAACUCAGCCGUUGAGGCAGAUUUGAAAAAAGGAGGGGGAGGGGGCAAGUCAGAACUACGGGAGAGGGGGGGGUGUCGAAUACAGCGAAGUGAUACGAUGGAGAGGCGGAGCAGGAGAUUGACCAAUUGGAGCUGGGACGGAUGGCUCCCAUUGGUCAAUGUUUUCGCAACCCUGCACCUGCUCGGGUCAACAGAUUUUUUUCAUUCUUUUUUCUCUUCACAUUGUGGAGAUCUCACUAUAGCACCAUGAUCACCAUAUAAAUGAGGUUUUUAAUAAUAACCAAUCUCUCCAAUUGUCAACCAUGCCUUUAAGGGCCAUGACGUAAGCUGGGCUGGACCCCAAACCUUUGUGAUUAGGAAGGUAGUUAUGGUUAACACAAUAGUAACUGAGUAUCUGAAAAUGUAUCUUCUGCAUUUCAGGCACGUUUUUGUUGUUAUUCCUGCCUUAGUGUAGAACAUGGAUACUGAAUGACAAUGUGAUAGAUUUCCUGUCUGGUCUCUUCACAGCAAAAUGAUCAACCUGUCAGUUCCAGACACCAUUGAUGAGAGGACCAUUUCCAAAGGGCAGGCAUCCGUAUUUAAAGAGAGGGUCAGUGCAGUUUAAUGUGUACCAGAGCUGCUGUUUCUCCUUUUUAAUGCAAAUGUUCCAACAGAUGAUGCUUUGUUCACACAGGAGAAUCUGAACCUGGCUCUAAAUUCAGCUUCUGCUAUUGGCUGUCAUGUGGUGAACAUUGGUGCCUCGGACCUGAGAGAGGGGAAGCCUCAUCUGGUGCUGGGCCUGCUGUGGCAGAUCAUCAAAAUCGGCCUGUUUGCUGACAUCGAGCUCAGCAGAAAUGAAGGUGCGGGUCAUACCUGAGAGUUCCCACACAAUUUGAGUGUUAGAUUCUUUGUUUCCAGUUCCUGGUCUGUAGUCUCACUCAUCAUGAACACCCAUUGACAGCACUGGCAGCACUGCUGAGAGACGGGGAAACCCUGGAGGACCUGAUGAAGCUGUCUCCAGAAGAACUGCUGUUGCGCUGGGUCAACUAUCACCUGGAAAAUGCCGGCUGUGCUAAGAUCUCCAACUUCAGCAAUGACAUCAAGGUGGGCCUAACCCCUAAUACACUAACAAUUUAACAUCAGACACAGAUAGUGAAACACAGUCUGGUAUGAGAAAAAAUCAUUUCUGUCUGAGUCACAAAGUUUUAUUUUUAGAGCUUCUAAAAAAAUGUAAGCAUUGUUGGUCAUAUGUGUUAUUUUCCAGGACUCAAAAGCCUACUUCCACCUCCUGAACCAAAUCGCUCCAAAGGGCACAGAGGAAGACCAGCCCCGCAUAGACAUCAACAUGGGAGGCCUUAGUGUAAGCAUAAAGACAGCCAGCACUCACAGCUGACUAUCUCAAUCACAUGUUAACAGCUACACAGUGUCUCUGACCAGAACAUGUGGUCUGUGUGUUCAGGAGAAGGACGAACUGAAGAGGGCAGAGGCCAUGCUGCAGCAGGCCGACAGGCUAGGCUGUCGACAGUUUGUCACUCCACAUGACGUCGUCGGUGGAAACCCCAAACUCAACCUUGCCUUCGUGGCCAAUCUGUUCAACAAAUAUCCAGCGCUGAAAAAACCUGAGAAUGAAGAUAUUGACUGGGGACUGUUAGAAGGUGAGCUGUAGAGUGAAACUACACUUUUGAGAUAUUUUUACCAUUUUAUUUACAUUUGGGGAACUAACACCAUGCACAAACCAGCGCAUGGCUCAGGGCAAAAUAUGUUUUUUGUUUUGUAUCUAUUCUAUCGUCAUUAGUUUUCUUUGUUUGAAAAGCCCUUCAAAUCUCAUGAUCCUUUGCUGUCCAGGUGAGACGCGGGAAGAAAGGACAUUCAGGAACUGGAUGAACUCUCUUGGAGUGAACCCACAUGUCAACCAUCUUUAUGGGUGAGUACACCAAGGUCUCACAUUCUUCACAGAUUUCCUAUUUGAUCAUGAUUUUAAAGCACAAUCUGGUCUUGCAGAGACCUACAGGAUGCCAUGGUCAUCCUCCAGCUCUAUGAGAAGAUUAAAGUCCCGGUUGACUGGAACAACAAAGUCAACAUGCCGCCUUAUCCAAAGUUGGGGACCAAAAUGAAGAAGGUACAGCAGGUUUCUGUCAUUUAAUGCUGGUCAUUGAAGAAAGCUUUUUAAACGUCUUUUUCUCCCUUUUUUGUGCUUACAGUUGGAGAAUUGUAACUACGCAGUGGAUCUGGGUAAAGAAGCUAAAUUCUCCCUCGUCGGCAUCGGAGGGCACGACCUGACAGAUGGCAACCCUACCUUGACCUUAGCUCUGGUGUGGCAGCUGAUGAGAAGGUACAAAACCAGGAUCAGAUAAACAAAAGAACAACUUAGGUGUACUUCUAUGUAGAUAAUACAUCUCACUUGUAUGAGCUGGAGUUAUUGUCCAAGCUAGGCAUGUGCCGAUAUGAAAAAUUUGAUAUCACGAUAUUGGUGACCCAAAAUAUCAGGAUUCACGAUAUUAGCGCAUUGCUGUAUGUAAUCUAAUCUCUAAUGUCUAAAUGUUUCCUCCCCGCGUGUCUUCUUUUACUUUAGCUUAUAAAGUUGGCCGUGUCAAGUUCAUAUAUCUGUAGACACUCUUCUUCUCCUCUCUUUCAGGUAUACAUUGAAUGUACUGCAGGAGCUGGGCGAUGGAAGUAAAGUAAACGAUGAUAUCAUUGUGAAAUGGGUGAACAAAACAUUGGCAGAAGCUGGAAAGUCAAGCAAAAUUUCAAGCUUUAAGGUAAGCAUUUUUUUUUUCCUUUAUUGACUGAAAUGUGAAACUUCAAUUAACUAAACUCGAUCAAGGUUUUUUUUAGUUUUCUUUUUUUAUUUAUUUUAUCGAGCCUGUGUCACAUAAGUGUGAGUCAUGUGGUGACAUGAUCAUGCAUGAAGGAGAGAGUCGGUGUCUCAAUCCUUUGAGUCUGAUUGACCACAGAGGUGAUUGACAGCUCUUAAAAGCUAGCAUAUGAAAAAGGGUCUGUGGACAGUUUCUCUGGUGGCCUUUAACUUAGUACUCAUUGAAUGUGUCUUGCCUGGUCAUAUUACCAUGUCAGAGAGCUGUUGUAUAAUGGGUUGCAUAGUUCAAAUGUUGGAAGUGACAAACAAAACCAUAAAGCAUUGUCCUUAUCAGUCAGACUCCUGUGUGUAACAUUUCUAAUGUGUGUGUGUGUGGUGAUCAGGACAAAGAGAUCAGCAGCAGUGUGGCAGUACUGGACCUGAUAGAUGCCAUCCAGCCAAACUCUAUCGACCAAGACCUGGUAAAAACUGGCACCCUCUCUGAGGAAGACAAGCUGGACAACGCCAAGUAAGAUCCUCAUUCUGCAAACACAAGGAAGAAAGCCUUCAGCUGUGAUUUUUUGUUUGUGUGUGUGUGUCUAUGUGUUAUUCAGCCGUUGUAACACGCCAACCUUUCUGUCAUUUCCAGAUAUGCCAUUUCCAUGGCGAGGAAAAUUGGCGCCCGCGUCUAUGCCCUUCCAGAAGACCUCGUGGAGGUCAAGAGCAAAAUGGUGAUGACAGUGUUUGCCUGUUUGAUGGGUCGGGGAAUGAACCGGUGUUAAGAGACUGUCCGGGGUUAUUUUGACACUUACCAAACUGCACACAAGCCAUUAGCCUUUUGAAAAGAGUAAGAGCUCUCCCAACUGAAGGAAUGAAGAGAAAGAUUUGUCGUUGUUGUCAUUUGAGAAUAACAGGAAGAUAUGAAGUCAAAUUCAGAACUUGAGUGUAUCCUUGCCUCUUUAGAGGAGUUUACUGAAGAAUAAUUUGCUGUCUUCUUAUAAAAAGGGAGUCCAAAAUACAAAAAAAAAACAAUCCAAAGAGAUGGCUCUUGUGUCAAAGGACAACUUGUUACAUUCAAUAUGCCGACCUCUUGUUAAAUGUAAAAGAAUGCUGUUUUAUAAAGCAAGUAUGCAUAUUUCCAGCUGCAAGGUUGUUUACAUAUUUUUACUCAGCCUGAUAGGUAAAUUAUAUCCUUUGAUAAGAAACACAGUCAUUCCUCAAUACCAGUCUUAGGAAUAAAUAAAUAAAUGCUUGGCAAGGUAAACAAACAGUCAGAGGGGUGAAAUCUUAAGGUGAAGCACAGUCGGAAAAACACCGAAACACCCUCUCUCUCGUGUAAUCAUAAACAAGCAUGUCUUAAUAACUGGCACUAUAAACUUACACAUAUCGCUACAUGGAAGCCAUACGGUCAGUUUUCAGUAAUGACCAGCCUGAUCAGCUGUCUGUCUGUCUGUAUUCAUGUACAUGUCACUGAUUUGUUUCUGUUAUGUUGGAAUGUAACAUGAGGUAAAUGCUGUUUGGGAGGUUGUCUGGGUUUGUUCUGUGGGGCUUCUGUUCUGUUUUUAUUUGGUUUUUUUGUUUUUUUGUUUUCUGUCUCUCUUGGUAAGGAGCAGGCUGACUGGACUCUCCUGGCUUCUGCUGUGCCUUUGUUUUAAAUCUCAGAGAUGACUUGUACGAGCGCUUUGAGGUUUUCUGUUUUUUUUCUAUUGUACUCAACAUUACCAAGUAUAAACAGUUACUUCAUUCCAGGUAGUUUGAUGAUACUCAGCGACAACGGCCAAAUUGUAUUUGGUAUCGUGUUCAUGCCUACCCUUAAGUGCUUUACAUGUAACAAUAAAUAUGACUUUGAAAGCGAAUCGUGUGUGUUAUCUUUAGGAUGUUUUUAAUGG